CAUAGAUAAUGUUUUGGCCAUGCCUCUGUAUUGUUCCCUUGUUGUUUCCCAGUUAGUCUCUCCGUGUCAGCUAGAGGAGAUACCGGUAGACCAGACCGCUCACCUGCUGUGGAGGGGGGAGUAAUUGACCAGUUCAGCUUCAGUCUUCUUUACCCUCCUCUUGGCUCUCUUCUCCGCCUUGCAUACACCCAUUUAUAAUAACAGUGGCAUUUAUGCUCUUACAAUCCCAACUGUUCUUCUUUUUGAUGACAGUAUAUUUCUCUCUGUGUCUCAGGAUUAUACAACAGUUUCUUGCCAGUCUCUUUGCCAACUCUGGAUUCCCUAGCUUACCUCCCCUCUCAAGGACGGUAUCCUGCACUCUAAUCCAGGGGAUAAUGAAUCCCUGAGGAAUGAGAGGGUUAGAUGCCGUGAUAACACAGUGUAGUUACUGGGUCAGUUGCAGAACACAGGCCCUCCUCCAGCUGAUAGAGAAGAUCUCUCCUCUCCCAUCUGUCAGUAUGAAAUGUGAAUGGCUGCAAGACAAAAUGGAUAAACUGACAGCACGUGUGUCUGAUUGCAGGUUUAGAGACAAAAACUGCUGUGUGCAGUGUCCAGUGCACAGAGAGAACUUCGCAGUGGGAGAGCCAUUCAGACAGCUGCCCUGUAACCACUUCUUUCAUUCAGAAUGGAUAGUACCAUGGCUGGAACUGAGGAGGUGUGCAGUGGCUUUGGACCAGCAACGGACCCCUCGGCAACCGGUCCGGACCACAAGGACCGCGUGGACCACUAGUUCAUAUUUCUACAGACGAGACAGGAGGAUGCUGGGAGAAAAGAGAGGCGGGAAGCUGAACUACCUGGUGAGGUCUGAAAAUGAAUCUGUGUCUGAUAGAUGAUUCCAGCCGUCGUCGUACUUGAAACAAGUUAGCAUAGCAUCGCCCUGACUGAGCAGAACUCCAUUUAGAAAACAAGCGUUUUAAAAGAUGUUUGCUUGUCAUCUUGAAGACAGACCUGACAGAGCAGGAAUUCAUAUGUUCAACAAAUCAGCAUCAUUUUGAUCAGUUUAUUGAAAUGAAAUCACAGCAAAAUGUUUAUUUUGGCUUCAAACCGCUGCAGGAAACCAGAUUAUUGAAUUAGAUCUGAGUGCAUAAACAGCACUUUAAUAACAUAACAUCUUUGAGUCCAACAGAUUACUGUAAGCUUCUGAUUUCCUCUGGUAACAGUUCAUGACCUGUGUACUGGAACAUAAUGACUGCUAGUAUAUUGUGCUGGAGUCUACUGGUCCCUGGGUUGGUUUUACUAUGUUGUCUGUUUUGUGUUGACUUGUACUGACUACAGAUGAAAAACAGCCUUCUGGCUAAAUCUGGCAUAUUUACUGAAAUGUUUCAGCUUCAAUGAAAAAUCCAGCUUUAUCUUUGAGGAAUGAACAGAGAGACGAGAAAAACCAGAACCUGGAGGAAAGAGACUAAAGAAGUGGAGUUUCUGCUGAGUUCUGAGAUCAACGUCUGAAGGACUCGGUACGCUUCAAACAAACUAGAUCACGUGACGUCUGUUUAUACCUGCUCCAAAUGUCAACGCUGGAAGACAAAGAUCACAGAGUCCAGAUGUUUCAGAGGCCUGAACCAGGUCCACUGGAGGCCUCUGGGUUUAACUGCUGUGCUUUGAUCCAGUGUGUAGUGAGGAGGAAGAGGCGCUGAAUAAACAGGGACUACAAAAACACUACAGACCACAUUUGUGUUCAGGCUGAACAAACCUUUGUUCUUGUGAAAGUCUGACUGAAUCAAAUCUUAUUGUGUCUUCAUUCUCUGAGUCCAUUUUAACAGCUGGCUGCUUUCUGUUCUGUCACUAAAUGUGUUGCUUUCUGUUUAACUUGCAUCCUGCCAGGGUUGGUGCUGGAAUAAUCUGAGCUGGACACUUGAGACUUGGACUCGAGUCCUUUUCAAUGUUCUCAUUAAAGGAGUCGACACAAAGAGAA